AUGUACGACCGAACACCGGACGCAGAGACGAGCUGCCUGAAAAACAUCGAUCAUGAGAACGACCUGAAGUACACGUUGGAGAUGUGCCAAUGGGUGUUGAAGCCGCUCGGCGUGUGGACUCUGAUCUACCACCGCGUCAGCAACGCGGAGAGAGUUGUCUCGGUGUUGCUGGCGUUGCUCUGCCUUUUCGGUCUCCUCUUCAUGAUCGUGCCGUCACUGUACAACAUCUUUUUCAUAGAGAAGAAUAUACAGACUAAAGUGAAGCUGAUCGGCCCGAUCGGCGUCUGCAUGUUCUCCACGGUGAAGUACUGCUACAUCGGCGCGAACCGGAAGCUCUUGGGCCGGUGCAUCGAGCACGUGGAGAAGGAUUGGAGAACGGUGGACGAGCAGGACCACCGAGCCAUCAUGCUGAAGCAGGCGGGCAUCAGCAGACACCUGAUCAUCGUGUGCAUGGUCUUCUUCUACUCCGGAGGCAUGUCCUAUCAGACGCUGAUGCAGUUCUCGUCGAAGCUGACGCGCAAACCGAACGUCACCGUGAAACCGCUCCCUUAUCCCAGCUUCGAGUUCCUCGACGUUCAGAACAGCCCCACCUACGAGAUCGUGUUUUGCCUUCAGGCGUUCGGGGCGAUGAUCAUGUUCACCGCCACGAUCGCUGCGUACAGUCUGGCCGCGACCUUCGUCACGCACAUAUGCGGACAGAUCCAGAUACAGAUAUUGCGAUUGGAGAGAUUGAUCGGUGAAAGGCAGGGGUGGAACAGUUUCCAGGAACGCAUGACGGUCAUCGUUAGGGAUCACGUCCAGGUGCUGAGGUUUUCUAAGAAUGUCGACGAAGCCUUCCGGGAGAUAUGCUUGACAGAGCUCAUGUCAUCAACGUUUGCCAUGUGUUUGCUCGAAUACUACUGUCUAAUGGAAUGGAGGAACAGCGACACGAUCGCGACAGUCACGUAUUUUAUGUUGUUGAUCUCCUUCACUUUCAAUGUACUAAUAUAUUGUUACGUGGGUGAACUGCUAUCCGAUCAGUGUAGCCAAAUCGGUCAAGCUUCCUACAACAUUUGUUGGUACAGUUUGCCAGCGAAGAAGGCCUACAGUUUCGUCCUGCUAGAAGCCAUAUCCCUCUACCCGCCAAAACUCACAGCUGGAAAAAUAAUUGAGCUCUCUAUAAACACAUUCGGCGUCGUGGUGAAGACAUCUGUAGUUUACUUCAACCUGCUUCGAACUGUUACCAUUUGGUAA